AUGGCAAUGGCAAAUAACAAGACAACAUGUUUUACAUGUAAUACAGAAAAAAUAACAUAUUCUUGUGAAGGAUGUUCGAAAAGAUUUUGUUUAAUACAUCUAACAAAACAUCAACAAAUAUUAAAUGAUGAAUUAAACCAUAUUACCAAUGAAUAUAAUGAAUUUAAACAAACAAUUAAUGAACAAAAACAGAAUCCACAAAUUGAUAUAUUAAUAAAACAAAUUGAUCAAUGGGAAACAAACUCAAUUGAAAUAAUUCAACAAAAAGCACAAGAAUGUAGAAAAACAGCGAUGGAAUAUCUACCAACAUUCUUUAAUGAUAUCGAAAUGAAAUUCAAUAAUUUAAAUGAACAAAUAAAAGAAAUUCAUCAAGAAAAUGAAUGCAAUGAAAUUAAUUUAAAUUAUUUAAGAAAUGAAUUAAUAGAAAUUACACAAGAACUAAAUAAUCCAUCAAAGAUUUCUAUUAAAGAAGAUUCACAAUCAUUUGUUAAUGAAAUUUCAAUUAUUUCAUCAAACAUAUCAAAAUUUAACAAAUGGAAACAAAAUGCCAUUACUGUGGCUAGUGAAAAUGGAGAAGAAGAUUGGAUGGAUCUGUUGAGUGGACCAGCAGAGUUGAUUGUUGAUACAAAAAAUCGUUCGAUCUCCAUUCUUGAUGAUGAAUGCAACAGACGAGAGAUUCCACGCACGAAUCAAAAUCAAAAAAUGCUCGAUGACAUUUUUGAUCACCGUAGAAGUAGCAUAGAUAUACUUUACGAUGAUUUAUAUAUAUUACGCAUACGUUAA